GUUAGUGAAGAUUUUAUCAUCAAAUUUCAUGGGCUUUCCAUGCCAUCCUAUUAUCCAGCUCCUCAUGCUACCCCUCAGGGUACAAGGAUCAGAUAAUCGACAUAGGAUAAAGCACAAAAAUAAUGAGACAGCUAUAUUGGGAGAAAACGUGACGAUUUUCUGCAAUUUAACAACUCCAGUAGACGUUGUUCAAAUUACCUGGCAGAAGAUCCAAGAUUCUUUGCCACAAAAUAUUGGCACGUAUAGCAGUAAAUAUGGAGAAAAGACUCUUCCACCAUACAUAGAUCGGCUACACUGUGAGGCCAUCGAACCCAAUUCCUCAUUCAUAACUAUCCGAGAGGUGACAUUUGAAGUCGAAGCCUGCUACAAAUGUUUAUUUAAUGUGUUCCCACACGGAAGCCACGGAGGACAAAUCUGCCUUAGCAUUAUAACUGUAUCUGAAUUAAGAACUGAACUCCAGUCCAAUCUUGACUCUGAAGAUUUUCUUAGAUUUACUUACUUGGCUGUGGGAAAACCUGCUCCUCAAAUAUCUCUUUUCCCAUUACAAGUCUUAAUUAAUCCACCAGAGGAAUCCCUUGCUCUGAACCCCAGUGGCACAGUUACUAUCACUGAAAUGUAUAACGUCUCCUUGGAGACUGUGAGGUCCCUAAGACUCCGACACCUGAUUGUGCACAUGGAUCAUCCUCUAAGGAAUGAAGAGAAGAUCAUUCCUCUGUCAGUCAAACAAGAAUGUCUGAGCAUGUGCUUGAAACCACACCCCAGCUGAGACAGCCUGGCAUGGACACCCUAAUGAACCACACACCUUAGUGAACACAGAGCCAAGAACUCCAGAACUUGUUAAAAUGAGAAGAAUCCUCAUCAUCAAUACAAAUGAAAGAAAACUCCUCACAUAGAGAAAAAAACCCAGUCACAUCAUGAAUGGAGAGAUCAUUACAGCAUUGAUGGCUUCAAUAUAUAAUUUGGUUCUAGAUAAAAAUAUACAUUUGUUUUGUAAAGUGUCUAUUGGUUAAAUUCAGCUUCAAAAUAUUUGGAUUUUCCGAGGUGGUAAUUGUGGAAACUGUGUAACAUUUCUCAAAAAUCAUUUCGUACUUGCCAGCUCCACAGAGUAGAUUGCCAUUCCUCCAAGCGCCAACGCAGUGAAACAAUUCAUGUCUUCCCACCUCUCCGUUUCCUUUCUCUGUCUGCACAAUGAAAAUGGAAACGGUGUAUAUUUUUUCAGACAUUUUCUGUUUCCCCAGUUGCCACCUCUGAAAACUGCGAAUCGUUUUGAAGAUGGGAAAAGAGGAGUACUAUUUAUUUUAUUUUAUCCCCUACAAGUGCACUGGAAAA